AUGUACCACAAGUCGCUCUUCCCUGACCUACCAAAGGUCUCAGAAUCUAAUGUUCACCACCUGCUCUUGGACCGACCUGACCAGCGGGAUUGGCCAGAUUUCACAUUGUUUGUGAAUGUGGCUACUGGCCAACGGCGUUCGUUCAGAGAGUUUGUCAACCGUGUCCACGAUGGCGCUGCUGCAUUGGGUGCUGAUAUGACGCAAGGUGGCCUAGGUCUUCGUCCAGAGAAAGGAGACCUUGUAGGCAUACUGAGUGAGAACUGCCUAGACUACGUAGCCUUGGUGCAUUCCCUAUUGGCUAUCACCGUUCCAUUUGUGCUGUUCUCACACUAUUCAACGCCGUACGAGUUCAAUCACGCUAAUUCGCUAGCGCAGGCGACUAGGAUCUUUGCCAGUCCUUCGUUACUCCCACUCGCUUUGACUUCAGGUCUCCCAGCAGAUCGGAUCCACCUUCUAGAGGGAGAGAAUGAAGGCUAUACAAGCUACGAUCAGCUUGUCUGCACUGCUCGAAAAAAUGGUGUUCCACGUUUGCCAGUCCGUCAUGCCACCAAGGACACUCUGGCCUACCUGAUCUAUUCUAGUGGAACAAGUGGUCUUCCCAAAGCCGUCAUGGCAUCCCACGGAAAUAUCACUGUUUCUAUCCUUUCAACAAUGGUAAACGGUAUGGAAAUAGCCAAAACUCAAGCUCCACCAGUAUGGAAUACCCCUAAUGGGCUACAAGUAAUUUUCAGUAUCCUUCCGCUCUAUCACACUUUCGGCCUUGGAACGACAUGUUUCUCAAGCUUCCUCAAUCCUUCUACCAUUGUCAUGCUCCCAAAAUGGAACAUCGAUGAAUUUUUUGACAGCAUCCCGAAAUACCGCAUCACGACUCUAAUACUCGUCCCCUCCCUUCUACACCAGCUCGUUCAUCAUUCACGCUCGAAAACUACUGAUAUGGACUCGGUGAAGGAAAUCAUGUGUGGCGCCGCACAUCUCCCGCCUCAGCUCGCCAACCAGGUUUGCGCCCGUUUCAAAGACAUUCCAAGAAUUACUGACGGUUACGGCAUGUCCGAAUUUACAAUGGCUAUUGCCAUAAAACCCAUCCCUGGUAUCCUCGGUGGACGUGCCAAAAACAAGCCUGGCUCUGUUGGAAUUCUCAGCCCAGGUGUCGAAGCCCGCGUUGUCCGUCCCGAUGGGUCCCUGGUAGGCCCGAACGAGCCUGGCGAGCUUCUUGUCCGCGGAAACGCUGUGGCACUGGGAUAUAAAGGAAACGACAAGGCCACUCGGGAAACGUUUGCCGAUGGAUGGGUACGCACGGGCGACCGGAUCCGGAUAGAUGAGGACGAGGUGCUUUUUUUCGAAGACCGCAUUAAGGCAAGUUGCACGGACUAUUUACACAACUCGUUUCGUUUCGACACGCUCAAGAUCUCAGGGAUGCAAGUCUCUCCCGUCGAAAUUGAGGAUACGAUCUUGGCGCAGCCCGAUAAACUCAUUACUGAUGUGAGCGUCGCGGGCAUCUUGGGUGGGCGUACCUCGGACGAACGCAUCCCGCGUGCAUGGAUCGUGUUGUCUCCCGCGGGUGCAGCGUUGGGUGAGAAAGAGGUUGUGACACGACUUAAUGCGUGGGUGCAGGAGCGCCUCAGUCGGUAUAAGUGGUUGAGAGGGGGCAUUGGGAUUGUGAAGACGAUUCCGAAGUCACCGACUGGGAAGGUGUUAAGACGGGUAUUGAUUGAGGGGUAUGAAAAAGAAGUAACAGUGAAAGCAAAACUAUGA